GUUCCUAUGCUGUUUUUGGAUUCUUGAUUUGAUGGCAUAUUUGCACAGCACAUUAUUAUAUACGUUUGCUGAAAAAGAAAAAGAAAAACUGUUUUACAUGUAGUAAUGUGUUUCGGACAAGCUUGUGUGCCAUGCUACUAAUAAAACUUUUGGAUCUUUUUGGAGAAAACCAUGAUAUCUUACUCUCUGGUUUGAUAGUGACAUGGCAGCUACUGUUUAACAAAUCAUAUGUUCUCGCUAAAUUUUUAGCCAUUCAUGCAAUCCCCGUGGAGGAAACUCCACACAAAGCAAAGUUGAGUCAAACAAAACGCAUCCAAAGCAUGAGUCAAACUAAAAUGAAGUAUACAAAGGCAAGACUUCAGAGAAAAUUGUUAUAAAAAUAUAUUUAUUGAAAUUCUGUUAAAAAUUAUUAUAAAUUGAUACAAAGAAUGAAAUAAACUAUAAAACAUUAAGUUUAUUAAAUAUACCUUUAAACAACUGGCGGUUUAGAUUAUAAUAAUAUACUAAAUAUAUAUAAUUUCGUAUAGUAAAUAUUAUUAUUAUUCACAAUGAUAAAAUAAUAUGCUAAUUAUUAUAAUUAAGACUAAUAAAAAUAUUAUUAUUAUAAUAAUAUUGUAAUUGUUUAGACAAUUUAGAAUGUAAUUGUCAAACGGUCUUAUAUGACCUAGCAUCUAGCGCCGCUCACCUAAAAUGCUUUCUUGAACACUGUUAAUAGUAAUGGAAUCUCGGCAUCAUCCAAGGCGAAGUGUUCUUCUUAGCUGGGACAGUCAUUCUCUUCACAUAAUAUGAAAAGUUAUCUUUUAAUAUUGAUACAUCGGUAGUCGAAUUCAUCUAUUUAAGUUUAAUCUGUUGUUUCUUAUAAACAUCCAAUCAAUAAUAUACAUGAAAACAACAACUAAUUAUGUAUUCAAUCUCAUGUACUUUUUAGAUAUUCUUUUCUAGGUAACAAAAUCUCAACUAUAUUUUAUUUCGGUUUCAAAUGGUAUAGUAAGAUUCAGUCAAUCCAAAAAAACAUAGCUAGUUAGCAAAGGAACCACCAAAUUUGUAGUAAAGACGGAUAAGAUCAAAACGAAAACAUAAAUAAAAGAGUGCUGUCAUUAUAUUGAUACCAAUAAAAUUGGAAUAGAUCUAUUAGUUAUCAAAUUAAGCAUUCAAGUUCAUGUAAAGUUUAGAUAUUAUCUUCUAAGCAGGUAAUAGAAUCACAACCUGAUUUUAUUUCAAUUUCAUAUGGAAUAGUAAGAUUCUUUUUUUUUGGGUAAAAGGGAAUAGUAAGAUUCAGUCAAUCCAAAAACCAUACCUAGUUAGUAAGAAAAACAUCAAAUUUGUAAUCUUUUUGAUACCAAAAAAAUGGAAUAUGUUGAUCAGCAUAUACUCCAACAAAGCAAUCAAUAAAGAAUUUUUUUUUUCAGACACAUAUUUUGCAUAGAAAAGUUUUCAUCAUGCACUACUCUCAUAAAAAGCUGUUCUUGUUCUUCCUCUCGUGCAUUGUGCUAAUUUUCAACUACAACAGUAGUGGCUUCGUAACCGCAACAAGUCAACUUGGCUUGAAUUACGGUCUCCUCGGCGAUAAUCUCCCGCCCCCCUCUGAUGUCAUCAACCUUUUCAAGUCCAUAGGCAUUACUAAAAUCCGAAUCUUUGACCCGAACACUGAGGUUCUUGAUGCCUUACGCGGCAACAAAGAUAUUGGAGUCACGGUAGGUGUCAAGGACCAGGACUUGGCUGCUCUUGCGGCCGGUGAAGAAGCUGUUAACAGCUGGUUCGCAACAAACAUUGAGCCUUACUUAGCCGACGUCAACAUCACUUUCAUUACAGUCGGCAACGAAGUCAUCCCUGGACCGAUGGGUCCACAGGUGCUUCCCGCUGUGCAGUCUCUCACCAACCUUGUCAAGUCCAAGAGUCUUCCUAUCUCUGUCACCACUGUUGUGGCUAUGUCCAGCCUCGGACAGUCGUAUCCACCUUCCGCGGGAAUGUUCACGGCUCAGGCGCGUGAACAACUCACCCCGGUGCUUAACUUUUUGUCUCAAACAAGUACGCCAAUCUUCGUCAACAUCUACCCGUACUUUGCUUACGCGUCGGACCCGGUGAACAUUCAUCUCGACUAUGCCAUUUCCACAAGCGAGGCCGUCGUGGUCCAGGAUGGACCACUGGGCUAUUCAAACUUGUUUGAUGCAAUGUUCGAUGCGUUCGCGUGGGCAAUGGAGAAGGAAGGCGUGAAAGAUUUACCAAUGGUGGUGUCUGAGACAGGAUGGCCGUCAGCCGGGAACGGGGACUUAACGACGCCUGACAUCGCGGCGACCUACAACGGAAAUUUCCUUCAGCAUGUAGUAAGCGGCAAGGGGACACCUAAGAGGCCUAACAGUGCUAUCCAAGGGUUUAUAUUCGCAACGUUCAAUGAAAACCAGAAGCCCGCUGGGACUGAACAAAACUUUGGAUUAUACAAUCCUGUUGAUAUGAAACCCAUCUAUAAGCUAUUUUGAGUGUGAGUUUCUUUUAGGACUUUCACAAUCUUAUGAAUACAUACAGUAGUGCUAUUAGUUGUUUGUUGUUAUUCAAAUAAAGUAAUAAGAUUCAACAAUGCACAUCAUAUUAUAUUACUA